GAGGCGGGGGAGUUCAGCGGAGUUCAGCGGGUCAGACAGUUCGCGAAGCCCUAUGGUUUCGCGCCGUGGGUCGGCUGGACCCGACCCCCCUGCACUGUAGCAGAGAACCUGCCCCGCCCCACGCUCACCAACGUGUUCUCGCCCGAGCUCAUCUGUGCCCACGUGGUGGAGAACUCGUCCGACCCCCUGCGGCACAGCGUAUCAGAGAAGCCGGGCGGAGGACACGCCACGCCCGCAAGUAUGUCGAGCCUCGCAGGCGCCCACCUCCCGGCCGUCAGCGAUCAUCAGUUUCCGCGACCAAGGCCGGCGCUGGCGUGGGCGGAGGCAUCUGGCGCAGCGCCCGCACCGAGGCCACCUUCGCACCCCAGGACGGCCCGCGGGCGCCCCGUCGGGGGCGAGCGGCUCCAGCGCCCCCCUCUGUGCAGACCCCUCGGCGGCCACGGCAGGGCCACGCCGGGCUCCGACGUCCUCGCCCGCGGCAGGAUCCGUAGGCCCCUGGGGCUCCGCCCUCCCGAGCCUCGAGCUCCAAAGGCUUUCGAGCACCUCCCCGAGGUGGAGAAGUUCGUCACGGGGGCCUCCGAUCCUCGCCCCGGCAGCGGCACGCCCAGCUGGCACGCCGCGGAGGAGCUCCCGGCGCCCGGGCCGUGGCCCAGAGUGGAGCUGGCCGGCCGCUCGGCGGCGAGCGACCAUGACACGAGCGACACCGACUCGACCUCGGACCUCUUCGCGAUGUCCCUGGAGCUCUCCACGGCGGCCGCGGGACUCCGUCUGCCCAGCGCCGCCGCCGGCGAGGCCGAGCGGCCCCCCGCCUGGCCGGGCACCGACCGCCCCACCGGCGAGCCCUUCCCGCCGCCAAGCGCGCCGCCCGGCCUCGGCGGCCGCCGCAGGGCCCCCGUGCGGCACGGGCCCCCACGCCUGCGGGGGGGCACCGACCGCCCCACCGGCGAGCCCUUCCCGCCAAGCGCGCCGCCCGGCCUCGGCGGCCGCGGUUCCGGGGGCCGCUUGACAUCCGCGGAGAUCCUGGAGCGCAUCCCGGGCCAGUCCUGCCAUGGUGGCAUCGUUAUCGUGCUGAGGUUGGCGAGCAGCUGGGCGGAGUCCGAGGGCGCAGCGAUGGCGAAUGUCGGGGCGCAUUGGAAAUGUCCGUGCUGCCCGAAGCUCAACCCGAUCAGCAAGGUCAAGUGUGCCCAGUCGGGGUGCAGCGGAGUUCGGCCUGGCUAUGGCCCCGCACCGCGUCCGUGGCACACCGCAGGCUGGACUCCAGGCGUCACGCAAAAUAACAAUGUGGAGAAGGCUGCGAAAUCUUUGCUCGCUGGUCAGCAAAAGCUGCAGAAGGCGAAGGAGGCAGCAGCCAAGGCCAUGGUCGCCCUGCAGGAGCAGCAGGUGGCCGUCGCUUCUCUGGAGCAGGAACUGGCUGUGGCCAAGGAGGAAGCUGCCAAGGCGCUGGGUGCGUCCACUGCGCCGCCCAAGCUUGACAUCGGCCCUUUGCUCGAGCAGCUCAAGCAGUUGCAGUCCAGCGCAGGCCAAGGCGACACUGUUGAGGCCAUCUUCGGGAAGGUCACCAUGGCCGUCACCGAGUUCGCCCAGAAGCAGCGGCCUGUCGCGACCAGCGUGGGCACGGCCUGGACGCAGUUUAUAGGCGUCACGGAGCACUGCCUCUGUGACCUCGCAGGGCUUGACCUCGACAAGUACGGUGGCCGCGGUCACAGGCCAGAGCUCGGUUGGGCUCGAGCCUGCCCGCCCUCGGCGCCUCGCAUUCCGAAGGUGAGCAGGCCUGCGAUGUGGUUGAAGGGCGUGGCCCUUGCUGCCGCCGACGGGGUCAGCGAUGAUCCCAUCCGCCGAGUGCGUGGUCAGCGAGCUCUGGCGUGCAGGGCGCAGCGGCCACCUGCCAGCACGCGGUGCCAGGCGGUGGCGCUUCUCUGCCGCGCGCGUGAGUACAUGGGCAGCGUCGAACUGGAGUGCCUGGCUGGGAUCACCAAGCAGCUCGCCGACGAUGCCGUCGCUACCGAUGUGAAGGAGUCGAAGGCGCGCUUCGGGGAUUGGAUCGACGGCAACUCUGCUGGCGGGGGGGCUGCGCUGCAUGCUUUCACGAAAGAGCCUGCGGUGAACGCCUCCGCGAUCCAAGGGGUUGCAGUGCCGCUGGGCAAGAUGGAGGCGGUCAAGGCGCUGGUGUGCGAAUGGUCGGAGUGCUGGCGCACCGCGGCCGAGCCUCCGAAGCUGAGUUGGCCUGCUGACCUUGGCGAGCGCCCCAGCAUCAGCACCUGGGUCGACGCGGCUACUGGCGCAGUGUAUAGGCCGCUGGAUUUUUCGCCGUGGUAUACCAAGCAAGUGGUUCGGAAAGCAGUUCUGUGGUGGCAGUUCCAGAAGUGUGCUGACGAGCUGCCACAUUUGGACAACGGUUUCAACGUCAUGCAGUUGAGGAAGUGGAUCUAUCGAGGACGGCCCACGGCGUCGGAAGGACGUGACUGGCCUACCCUUGGUGCAGAAGAGCGGCGGUGCGCCAGGUCGCUCACCGUCGGCGGGCAAUGGGCCAAGCAUCGCCGCUUUCACAAUAACCCCUGGUAUGCGCAUUCAGAAGAUUGCAACUUGUGCCCUGGGCAAGCUGGCACGCUGUGGCACCGUCGUAUGGAGUGUGCUCACCAUUGGCCGCAGGCGGAGUUGCCAGCAGCCAUUGCCGCGCUAAAGAGGCAGGCGGGCCACCCCAACAUCAUCGCGCUGGUCGAGCGGCUGCUGCUAGUACGGCCACGAGUGGUGUGGCAGCCACCUCAGGACGAGAUCCUGUCCGCUGUCAAGUGGUUGCUGGGGAAUGGUGCUAUGCCCUUUCACAAUGAUGAGCUGUUCACUGACGGCACGGCGUUCGACCUUGACAUCGGUUACGGCAUGGCUGGCUGUGCGGUGGUGCAGGUUCCACUUGGGCCUGGGUGGUUUGACCCUGGUCCGAAGUGCGCCAUUCGCGCCCUGGGAUCGCCAUUGAUGGGGAUGCUCCAAUCCGUAGAAGGUGCUGAGCUUCUCGCCGUGCUCAUUCUCCUUCGUCGCAGCUUGGCGCCCAUCACGGUGCGGAUUGAUGCCAGUUACGUGGUUGACGGGCUCCUGGUGCGUGGGCCUGAGGGUACUUGUGGUGCCUCCCACAGCUGGGCUUUCCUGUGGCGGAUGGUGUGGUGUGCCAUCGAAGAUUUCGGUGGGAUCGGUCCCGACGGGCUCACCGUGCUCAAAGUUAAAGGACACGGCACUCUGAGAGAUGUGGAAGCGGGUCGGCUGUCUCGUUGGGAGCGUCGGGGCAACCUUGAGGCCGACGAGUGGGCCAAGCACGCCUUUCGGCCGUGCGCUUUGGGCGAAGCUGAUCGGACCAAGAUCAGGCGGUCGCACUUGCUGGUGGACGGCGUUGUGGCCUGGGUGUCCUGUGCUGGUGCCCCUGCGUCAGCCGCCCGUGGCGACAUUGACCCUAAUGUGGUGAUCAAGCUUCCGCCGAAGGUUCGUAUCAGCCUCGCGGAGCACGGCUCCGUGGUCGAGGCGAGCUGCUGGCGGUGCUCAAAGUGUGGACGGUACGCCGCCACCGGGAAUUUCAAGCGUAAGCUGUUCAGCCUGCCCUGCAUUCCACGGCCUGUGACGAGUGCCCCGCGCUCGGCCGACACGUCAGUACGGAUGCCCCAGCUGCUAGCGCUGGAGACGACGGUGCUGCUCGGCGCGAUAGUGAUGACCAGCGGGCGUCAGCAGCGGCGUCGAGCGGUGCAGGAGACCAUGCUGGACGAGUUUGACAGCAGCGGAGAGACCUGA